GCUCACGCGCUUACCCAACAAAGUAAGGAUUAAACCUAUGCGGGCAAGUGCUAGGCUCGAACAGGUAAUGGAUCAAGUCAGUCCGCUCUAGCGGCUUUGCCGGGCGCUGUGACAGGCGACUAAGACAUACGGUACACUCUGAGCAGCCAGUUCGAUAGCUGUGGAGAAACGGGGUUGGAGUCACCGACUAGCCAGCGACGAUGAAGGCGCCCACAAUAAGGCCGAGAGAAGAGUCGCGAUCUGCUUUCCCCACCGCAUCUCCGCACUUCGCUAGCCGUCGAUUAUCGAACGCUGUCGAGUUUCAACUCGUCAAGCGCUUGCAGCCAACCGUGCGUGGCGUAUCUGACUCCGGUUGCUCGGAGACGUAUCUGCAGUUCUUCGGACGUGGCGUCAUCUGCAGUUUCUUCGGACGUAGCGUUAUGUGCAGUCUCUUCGGACGUAGCGUUAUGUGCAGUUUCUUCGGACGUAUCUGCAGCCGUCUCAACCCACGCUUGAAACUUCAUGUCGGUGCAUUGGGUGUGUCGUGUACUCUUGCAUUUACAGCCCCCAACACGGCCAGUCGCUCGCCAAAGUGCGUACAUAUAGUACAUACAGUACAUACAGCACAUACAGCACAUACAGUACAUACAGUACAUACAGCACAUACAGCACAUACAGCACAUACAGCACAUACAGCACAUACAGCACAUACAGCACAUACAGCACAUACAGCACACACAGCACACACAGCACACACAGUACAUACAGUACACACAGUACAUGCGCCGCUCGCUCGGGGCCGAUAUCGAUAACCGCAGCGCAAGACCAAGACCAACGAGCCAAUCCGUCCGUAUCCGAUCCAUGUCCUAUUUUCUCUCCCCAAAGCCGUCAAUCCGUACUCGUAACAUGCAAGAAGCGAAGUGAACAAGUGGCGCAGUCGAAACGAAGGAUUCCCAAACGCCAGG